GGAUGGUGAUGCUCCAGCUCCGGCCGCACAUGCUGUACAGCAACAAUAAUAUUUGGAGAGUUACAAGUGGCUGCGGCGUGCAACACAAACGCAAAGGCAGGACCAAUGAGGUCCAUCUUGCUCACGUACUCCGAUUUCAGAUGACACUGAUCGUCGGUGUUCGUGCGAGACUUUAAAGCUCGGCACCUCAGUGAAGUUGGUGUCCAGAGUGGAAACGCUGCAGGAUGGGAAAGGAGCGAGAAGGAGUCUCGGGCGCAUUAUACCAAGUUGCAUUUUGAGGACGCGCAAGCGGAGCUCAAUGCCAUUGCGCACAACUUCUUACUGCAUGCAAACCCACCGCAGCUGAAUUACAAAGAGGACUGUCUUGGGCAGGAGGAGAGAUGGCUAUACAUAUUAGUUAUUUGGUCGUUUCUAUGCAACUCAUGCUUUAUUUGAAGAUAACAUAUUCCAUGGAGGUAGAUUUCUGCAUACCUGUUCGCAUGGAUCAUAAAGCGCACGAGAAGCACCCGCAUCGGCGCGCGGAGCAGAUGAAUGAAAGACAGAUUGUCUUUAGACUCGGUGCGUUCAAACAGGAAUUUUACCUCCAUCUACGGCCGGAUUCUAGUUUCCUUGCUGCUGGCAGCGUGCCGCCUGGGAGCUACUCCGCAGCAUCCGACGCUUCUGCAGCCACUGACCUCAGGGAAUGCUUUUACUCCGGUGAUGUGAACGAGGACCCGGGUUCCUUCGCCGCGCUUAGCUUGUGUAAAGGACUGCAGGGGGGGUUCUCCUAUAACGGCAUGGAGUAUUUCAUCAGCCAAGCCAGGACUGAAGACGCAGCAGCAGCCGCCUCUGGAUACGGAAACUCUUUCGAGAGAACACAUGUUAUCCGCAGACGGGCGGCGCACUCGGGCGGCAACUUCACCAGCAGGUGUGGAGUUACACCUGACACCAAUUUCACCGUUUCCUUGGAGAAAUACAAGUACAUGAGCGAACUGGAGAUUGACAGCUUAACUGAAACCGUGCUAAGAUCCUUGGGGAGGUCCAAAAGGUUUGCCUCCAUCCCCAGGUUUGUGGAGGUGCUGGUGGUGGCAGAUGAAUCUAUGGCUAAAUUUCACGGGGAUGACCUGAAGCACUACCUCCUGACCCUGAUGUCAGUAGCAGCCAGGCUUUACAAGCACCCCAGCAUUCUCAACGCCAUUAACAUAGUGGUGGUGGGCUUCAUGGUGAUAAAUGAAGCUGACAAGGGACCUAAGGUUUCCAGUAACGCUGCCCUGACUCUGCGCAACUUCUGCUCUUGGCAGAAGAAGUUGAAUAAACACAGUGACAAGCAGCCAGAGUACUGGGACACGGCCAUACUGUUCACCAAACAGGACCUUUGCGGCGCCACGACUUGCGACACCCUGGGCAUGGCUGACGUGGGGACCAUGUGCGACCCGAAGAGGAGCUGCUCUGUCAUUGAGGAUGACGGCUUACCUUCUGCUUUCACGACUGCCCAUGAACUUGGUCACGUCUUCAACAUGCCCCACGACAAUGUGAAGGCAUGCGAGGAGGUAUUCGGGAAACUAAAGGACAACCACAUGAUGUCUCCCACGCUAAUUCAGAUAGACAGGAGUCGACCUUGGUCCGUGUGCAGCGCAGCCAUCAUUACAGAGUUCCUGGACAGAGGUCAUGGAGACUGUCUCCUGGACCAGCCUCAGAACCAGCUGUCUCUCCCAGACAACCUGCCUGGCACCAGCUACAGCCUGCACCGUCAGUGCGAGCUCGCCUUUGGCGCCGGCUCUAAACCAUGCCCCUAUAUGCAGCCGUGCUCCAAGCUGUGGUGCACUGGGAAGGCACGUGGGCAGCUGGUCUGCCAAACCCGACACUUCCCCUGGGCAGACGGCACGAGCUGUGGCAACGCCAAGGUCUGCUACCGAGGUGCCUGUGCUGAUAAGAACAGCACCGUGCACGUUAAGGUGGAUGGCCGUUGGGGGAGGUGGGGUCCGUUUGGAGACUGUUCCAGAAGUUGUGGUGGGGGAGUUCAACUAGCCAAGAGAGAGUGUGACAACCCUAUUCCUGAAAAUGGAGGCAAAUAUUGCUACGGCCUUCGGAUAAAAUAUCGCUCCUGUAACCUCAACUCUUGUCUUGAAACUGGUAAAAGUUUCCGAGAGGAGCAGUGUGAGUCGUUCAACGGCUUGAACCUCAAUACCAACAGGCUGGGCUCCUCCGUGGUUUGGGUUCCCAAAUAUUCAGGCAUUUCGCCGAAGGACAAAUGCAAGCUCAUCUGCCGUGCUAACGGGACAGGCUAUUUCCACGUCCUUGCUCCAAAGGUUGUGGAUGGGACGCCCUGCUCUCCCGAUACCUCCGCUGUGUGUGUUCAGGGGAAAUGCAUAAAGGCAGGCUGUGACGGCAAGCUGGACUCUAACAAGAAAUUCGACAAGUGUGGUGUGUGUGGCGGGGACAACCAGGGCUGUAAGAAGGUCUCGGGAAUGUUCACCAAACCUGUUCAUGGCUACAACUUUGUGGUGAUGCUGCCUAUUGGAGCGGCUAACGUUGACAUCCGUCAGCGUGGCUACCGAGGGAUGGUGAGUGAUGAAAACUACUUGGCUGUGAAGAAUCGCCAUGGCAAGUACCUCCUGAAUGGAAACUACGUGGUGUCAGCAGUGGAGCGCGACCUGCUGGUGAAGGGCAGCCUGCUGCGCUACAGUGGAACCUCCACAUCUGUGGAGAUUCUUCAGGCCACCAGACCCCUGCAAGAAACUCUUACCGUGGAGGUGCUCUCUGUAGGAAAGAUGACUCCUCCCAGGGUGCGCUACUCCUUCUACAUCUCCAAGGAGAGCAAAGAGGUGAAGACUCUGCGAAAAGAGGAGAAAAGUCACAAAACGCAAAACAGUGUCUUGGCUGAUAGCAAUAAAGUAGAAGCCAAGAAGCUGGUAAUGGGUAAGAAGCUGGUCAGUCACUGGGUGACUGGAGGAUGGGAUUCGUGCACUGUGACUUGUGGGAACGGUCUUCAAAAGAGGGUGGUGCAGUGCCAGAGCAUGGAGGGACGCCCUGCAACAGACUGUGACAAUACUGACAAGCCUGUAACAGUGAGAGCAUGUGGGGAUCCAUGUCCAAUAUGGGAUGUUGGGACCUGGUCUCACUGCUCUAAGUCCUGUGGGAGGGGUUUUAAAAGACGAUCAGUGCGCUGCAUGACUGACAAUGGUCUGAGUCUGCCCAGGGAGCACUGCUCUGGACGGAGGAAGCCUCAGGAACUGGACCUGUGCAACCUGAAGCCGUGUUAAAAACAGAACUGACACAGUCUGGGGAUUUGUUUUCUGCUACUCAAAAUUAACAUUUGACCUGAACCCUAACCCAAAUCUGCAUAGUAGUGAAUUUAUUGCUGUGCCGGUUGCACAGCAACUCAAACUCAGUCUUACUGCGACUGAAGAGGCAUCUGCUAAACCGAAGAAAGACGGCGGAGACGGAAGAGGUCUUCCUCCAUUGUCUGAAAGGACAGAGAUUUGUUUACAUGAGAGAAAAGAAGGAAACCAUGUAAACUGUCAAACCAACAGUGGCAGGUUUGACUUGUUGUCUACCUCUACCAGGACUGGUGAAACAAAUGCCUGUGUAUAUACAAAAAGCCCUUUUCAGAAUCUGAAUAUGUAACGUCGCUACUUUGUCAAGCCGUCAAAAAUUUUCCUUACAACUUUAUUCAGGCAUGCAGGCACUGCUGUGUUAAGCAGAUGAGAUCUGGCCUGUAACACACAAGGCUGCACAAUACAAGAAGAAGCAAUGCCCCCCCCCCAGUUAUAUUAAAUGCCUUGUUAUCUUGUCCCAUGCAUAUCCGGAUAUGACCGACAAAUCUUCUUGCCUCGAGACAAGACUGGAGAGUAACAGAGGACAAAGAGGCAGAGACAGUGAUCACACAAACAUACUUUUCUGAUAUAAUGGUAAAGGAUUUUUUAAAAGCAGUUCUCAUGCUGUGCUGUGUUGUGCAUAUAUCUCAUCUGUGAACUGAUAUUGCAGUCAUUUCACGAAGGAACUGAUAAAAAAGUGAAACAGUCCUGUGUCUGGCACAUUCAAGGUAGUUUCUACGUUACAUUUCUUUCUUCAUUUUGUGCUACUGGUUUUUUUGUGGUCUGACAUUAAAAAAUCUAACUCAGCACUCAAUGACAAAAGUUGUCAGAUCAGCAUUUUAUCCUUCCAAAAAGACAGUCGACAAUAAUUUCCUGCGCACUUGAUACAGACGAAUUUGAUUAAAAUCAAAGAAUUCUUUCAACUUUCAACUGGCCAAAAAUGUAGAAAUAUUUUUUUGUCAGAGCUAAUCUGUUGGCAUAUUCCUUACAGUGAAUGUUGUCUGUUUGUACUGUGCGAUGCAGCUGCAAUGUGCCUGCAUCUCUUAAUGUAAAUCAAACCAACCAAUGCUAGCAGUUUCUUCUAUGUUGCCAAAGAGUUAAAAUCUUCCACAAAGCCUUAGACACUUCUCUCACAGACACGUGACUUCCACAAAAUACACUUUACCUCCCUGUCAUUUCUACUUCUACUUCUUCUUCCCAUUUAAAACCAACUAAGGCUUAUGUCCAUGCUGUAACAAGUUGUAGUGAUUUAGCCAGACAACAAAACCAAAAUCAUCCUGAUGUGUUGAAUUUUAAAAACAAUAUUUUGCAGGUUUGUAGUUUCCUCCUUAUGUUGGUUUUCAAUAUAACUCUCCAAAACUGUACCUGCAGUAUCGCUUCCCCAGAAGUUUUAGUUCCACAGAAUAUCUGGGAACUUUACAAGUAACAACUUCAACCAUGGUUCAAAGCCUACUGAAGAUUACAGAAAUCAAAAGAAGUCAAAAGUGACAAGUGCCAUACUGUAAUUCUUGUGCAAUCCAAACUAAACAAUCUCUAAAUUAGAGCUUCUCAUUGUGGAUUGCUGUCUCAAAUUUCAUACUGAAUGUUUUCCUUUCCCUAACCUAACCAGGCAGAGGCUUCAUGGUCAGUUCUGCUGUCAUUCGAUUCCUUCUUUAGCUCCAUGAUGUUGUGUGGAAGCACAAUGAACAAACACAACAUAAACUUGGUGGCUGUUGCAUUUUUUGUUGUUGUACUCAACUGCAAUCUGUUGUGUGUAUCUAGUGAUCUGGGUGCCAAGCUGCUGCAUAAAAGAGCUGUUCGGGGACUAAAUAGAAUAGACCCACACAAAAAGUCCACUACUUUUACAGACGUUUUGGAAGGUUCCUGUCAACAGCUACAGCCUAAAAGUCUAAACAGCGGACUUGUACAUGCUACUGCACACACUACAAUUACAUCCAUACGUACUUGUUCUAAUAAAUGAUGACAAUACCCUGGCUGCUUUCAUUAUAGCUGAACACCAUGAACAGUGCAAACAAAUUUCAGAGUCUUUGCAGAUGUGAGAACCGUUGAAAUUGUGAAAAAUUGUACAUAAAUAUGUAUAGAAAAUCACACUGAAAAAUAUUUUUCAGAUGAUUUCACUGAUUACCAUUCAGCUGCAUCAUGCAACAACAGAAACUGUAUUAAACAUUUGGUAUAAAAGUCCAGUGUUGACAUCAUACUAUACAUGCAGAGACAAAGUAACAACUGUAAUGGGUCAAACAUCAUAUAACAGUCAUGUAUUUGAAGGUUGCAUUGUCCUUUAGGGGAACAGUCCCAACAUGUCCUUCCAACAACAACAACAACAACAAAGUAAUAAUUUUCACUUUUGUCUUUUUGUUCAGAGGGACCAGUUACACCAUCUAAAAGGUGGAAAUGUAGUUAUUUCUUCCUGUCACUUCAUGUACAGAUAAUGUUAUUUUUAUCAGUUGUCUUAUGUAUUGUAUACUAUGUAUACAUUCAUCUAGCUGUAUAAAAUGAAAUAAAAAUAUACAGUAUAUAUGAA